AUGGGAAGUUUAGUACUCUUACAGAAAACACAAAAGACAGAUCAAAUGUGUACCCCAGGAUCAUUUCUCCAGCAGUGGCCAAAAGUGAGUGCCUAGGGAGGAACAGAAGAAUGAGACACAUCGUGAUUUUCCCCUUGAGUGCUUUUGGAGCUCCCAGAUAUGUGCUACUCAAACAUUCUGAAUCAUGGCUUUACUUAAAAAAUAGCAAAUAGUAAAGGUCUGGAGCUUUUGGGUAAACAGGAUACUGGUACGCAGGAUUCUUUCUCUGCUGACCCAGGUAACAGCAUGUUCAGUAAAUGGCAAAGAUGUUUUCUGAGGAAAGCAACAAAUUGGUUGUGUUUUUCAUAGGAAUGGUUAAAUAUUUAAGCAAGGAAUGACACCUUAUUUAAAAAAAAAAAAAAAAAAAAAAAAAAAAAGGAAGUUAGAUGGGAAGAGAAUUUGAGAAGUUUAAAGAGAAACAACAUUUGUUUUGUGAACUUCCAAAUCAAUGUGAAAAGGAAGCUAGGUCAAGACAGGCCACAUCUGGGCUCAGUCUAAGAAAGCUGCUUUCUAUUUCAGGAAGUUCAGGAGGAGAUGUGAGAGACAUCAUUAAUUAUGAAAUGAAGCAGCAGAAUUUGUGUUGUAUUCAGUGUGCAUCUUUUGGCAAAAAUACUUUAAAACACUUCUCUUGGCAUGUGUUCUAUUAACAUAGCUGUUAUCUGCAGCAAGAAAAGUAUGGAAAGGAUUGUCUUUGAAGUUAAAGGCAGGUAAUGGCUAAAGGAUGUUCCUAUGCUUUUCAUCCUUUUUGAAAGAACAUACUGUGUUGGAACUAUUUCUGAGUGUCAUUAGGUUUUUUUGACAGAUCACUUUGGAUAAUAUUUGCUUGCUCUGAUUGUGGGCUUCAAAAGGUACUUGAUCAAGAAUUGUGCUUUCGACUUUUUUUUUCUUUUUGGAAGUAAAGGCAAAAGGAUGAUUCACUUUCUGGACUCAUAUUUGGACCUAACUUGUCUUCUCCCUUCCCAAUUCAUGAAAAUAACAAGCUUGAAAAAUAAGUAUUAAAAGUGCUUGGCAUAAACAAAGCGUAUAGUUUGUACAGACAUAGGAGAAAAGAGUUCAAUCAACUUUGUGUACAAAACAAAAUGUGUGCAAAGGUUUAAUAAACCAGUCAGCUGUGAAUAGAGAUGAUGAAAUCUUGGCAGUAGCAAUUAAAUGAUCAGUCUUAAUUGCAAGGCACCGCUAGAUACAGGUAACCACCAGAACUAAUUGUCCAGACUUGCCAAUUUAGCCAAAAUCUUCACAUGUUUAAAAUGUUUCCUUCUUUCUUCUGCCUGUGGAACGAAGCAGUUCCCACCCACUUGACGUUGUAGACUAAAUGAUUUACAUGCAUUGGCUCUUGGUGGUGGAACAAUCUGCCUGGAGGUUAAAGCAGUUCAUAAGACAAGAGGCCAUCCUUUUUUUUUUUUUUUUUUUCACUGCUUAAUUUCAGCCUACUCCUUUAAAUGGAUGCAAUAUUCUUUCUCUUGGCUAAAAUUGGUUAGAAAGUCUUAUGCAAAGUAUAUGCUCUGUGUACUUCAUGUAUGUAGUGGACUGCCUGCAAAAGCUAUCUGGUCAGCAAGAGAUGACUGAUUUGAAGUAGGCCAGAACUGAGGGAUAUUGAGGGAGAACCUGUUAAUGCUACAGAUGGUAAUGCCUUACAAGCCACUUCCUGUGUAGUGGAAGGGAGAAUCUGUUCCAGCCCAGAAAUUGCUUUAGUAGUGUCAGAGGAAUUCAGCCCAGUCCCCAGAAGUCUUUAAUUGGAGAAGUCUUUCUCCUGCCCAUCCACCCCCAUUUCCUGUACGCAACAGUCAUAGGUUAGUAAUCACAACUUUUUCUCUUCUCUGAAUUACAAGCCCAAGUGAAGUCUUUCGGAUUCCUUCUUUGUGGGCCACAGUGUAGCUGGGGACGAAUGGUGAUCCAUCAUUUUAUUUUUUCUAUCUACAGAACAGUUUAAGGGUUUUGAUUCUUGAGUUUUUAGCAGACGUACCUUUUUCUUUUUGACAACUGGCUGAAGUAUGUUCCUUUAGGAUCCUCCUACACGAAGUUACCAGGAGAAGCAGCAUAAAACCAAAUAACUCCAGAAUGACCAGCAAUCACUCAGACUGCCAUUACUGCCUGCAGUCUCUCCGUGGAAGGAAGUAUGCAUUAAAGGAAGAAAAUGCUUAUUGUGUUAGAUGCUAUGACAGCCUAUUUGCCAACCCCUGUGAGGAGUGCAAGCAACCUAUUGAAUGCGAUUCCAAGGAUCUGGCUUACAAAGGCCGCCACUGGCAUGAGAGGUGCUUCAAGUGCACAAAAUGCAGCCGCUCUCUGGUAGAGAAACCAUUUGCUGCCAAGGAUGAGCUCUUGCUCUGUACUGAAUGCUACUCCAAUGAGUAUUCAUCAAAGUGUUUCCACUGCCAGAAGACCAUUAUGCCUGGUUCCCGUAAAAUGGAAUUUAAGGGCAGUUCCUGGCAUGAAUCCUGUUUUGUUUGUCAGUAUUGCCAGCAACCACUGGGAACAAAACCACUGAUCACCAAAGACAAUGAGAAUUACUGCGUACCCUGUUUUGAGAAACAAUUUGCUCAUCAUUGCUACUCUUGCAAAAAGGUAAUAACUUCUGGGGGAGUGGCCUAUCACGACCAGCCUUGGCAUAAAGAGUGUUUUGUGUGUGCUGGAUGUAAAACUCAGCUGUCUGGGCAAAGAUUUGUUUCCAAAGAUGAGUAUCCAUACUGUGUAGACUGUUUCAGCAAGUUUUAUGCUAAGAAGUGUGCUGCUUGCAAGAAACCUAUUACAGCUCUUGGAGGUGCCAAAUUUGUCUCAUUUGAAGAGCGUCAGUGGCAUGAAGAAUGCUUUAUCUGUGCAAGAUGCUCAGUCUCACUGGUGGGCCAAGGAUUCCUCACCAAGCAGGAUGUGGUCCUUUGCCAUGAAUGUGGUUCUUUGUAGUUCUGUGGAGAGCUAUAAAGAUGCAUUAUUCUCACUGUAUAACCAUUUAGUUUGUUACUCUGCAGUAAGAAAAUAAUCUAAAAGGUGUAUCGCUUACUUAGUUAUUCAAGUGACUUUCCAACAGCAGUUUAAUUCCAUCACAGUUCCAAACUGCUUGUUAUAAAAAUAAAUAGAUAAUCAGCCACAUACUGCCUCAGAAAACAGUGCAGAAAAGAUUAGUAUAUAUUUUAAAUUUAACUGCAGUAUGUUUCUCUUUGUAACACACUGCACUCUGCUGUUAGAAACUUUACCUUUCAUUUCCCAUGAACCAAGGAGAUGUAUAGAAAGUCUGUGUGACAUAUGUCUAGUUAUGAGACAUUAGCAUUGCAAGUGAGGAGAAGGUACAUGUACACAAAGAGACACCAAGUCAGGGAAAUCCAUUCCAGGGCCAGAGAAAGGAAUAAAAGGUCUUCUUCCUCUCUUUAUUGAUAUUGUUGAGAGUGCUCAUCAGAAAAAUAGAAUUUCCAAUAACUUUAUUCAUCCAAAAAACUGAACGAUAGGUCCUUUCCCACAAGUGGUUAAUUGCAUUUUAUUUUUCAGGCAUAAAUGUUUUAGAACACAAACAAACCCUUUUAUUCUUAUUUUUAAUCUACUGUAAGAGGUACCAAUUGCCUAAGGUUGGAUAGUGGUAAUGUAUAGUUUCCAAUAUCUAAAAUGAUUUAAAACUCUGUCUCCAUUAUCUUCUCUAGACCUUCAAGUGCACUCUUAAAAUAUAGUUUCUCUUAUUUGAGGCAAGAGCCACCACACAGUUGUCCCUUUAAACUUACAUUUUUCCUCCCUUCAACAGUCAUUUGCCAGCAAUCAAAAUACUGAUAAUGGCUUUACCGUUUCUGCACUGCAGUCUUUGAUUCACAGUCUACUCCUUUUCUUGUAAAUGUCUGCUGUCUGUAGCAGGCUAUCAGCUGUUCAGAGCCAAUAUCCAUUCAUUCUGCCACAUGCCAGCAUGCAUUUGCCAAUAUUAUGUCAAGAAUUUGUAACAUUGCCAUCUCAAGGUAGGCAGUGCUCACAUGUAGUACAAAGCAUUAGUUUCUCUUUCCUCUGCUCAAGCUAUAUGCACACUAUAUGUUAAAAUAGCCUGACUCAUGCUGCAGUAUCUCUCCCAGGCCAUGGUGUAGGGUUCUGAGCCUAUUAGAAGUGGUUUAUUUCUCAUCUCAUUAUUCCCUGUCUAAAAAUCAUUCUCUCGACUCUGACAUUGAAUGCUUACAGUUAUUUGGCUGACUUGAGAAUGCUUUAUUUGUACUGAAUUACGUAGAUGCUGCUUCAGGUAGAAAAAGUAGAAAAAAAGAACUUGUAAGCGUAGUUGUAUAGCAGUGGCAUAAAAUCAACAAGUACAUAGCAAUCUGUUUCCCAAUCAAUAAAGUAUUAAUCUUCUGCUA